AUGGCCUCCCUGCCGCGCAUUGCCGCGGCCAGCAGUUCGGCGACCGUUCGGUUGAUGGCCUUUAUUUUUCUACGAUGGAUCCCGGGCCAUGCUUUUGUGCCGAUCAUCUUCACCUCGCUCGCAGUGUAUCUGUCGUCGCUGUUCUCCUUGCUCAAAGGUAGCCAGCUCGGUGCGCAACGCGUCGCAAAAGAUGCAAAAGGCUCGACAAAACGAUCCCAAGAACCGGGCCCGGCUAACCCCAGAGAUUCCGUGCUGAAGACCUUGUUGACAGGCCUGCCCUCGGCACGAUCGUCGCUGUGGACGUGGAUCACUGCGUUGAUCAACAUCGCUGUGGCUCUGCUGACUCUCGAUUUUCUGAUCAGAGGUCUGGUAUUCUACCCUAGCAGCGACGUCGCUUUCUCGCGCAUUGGGUACGUGUCGCCAACCACAGCCAACUUGCUGCUCCGUGAGCCAGACUCGGCGCAGCUGCCCGUCGUCGUUUCCUAUCAGGAGUUGACUCGGGAUCCGGCAAAUUGGAUCGAAGAAGGUAGGAUUUAUAAGCUGGACAAUACCACCGACUUCACGGCCGUAGUGACUCUGAAAAACCUCAAGCCGGCCACUCACUACCGCUACUCGCUGUCCAACAACAAGACGGGCACUUUUGUCACCGUACCUCGCCCCGGAUCGCCGGCUGCCAAUCGGAUUUCCUUUGUGACUUCGAGCUGCUUGAAGCCUAACUUCCCGUACAACCUGCUGUCGCAUCCAUUGCGGGUUCCGGGCAUCGAGCAGAUGACCUCGACCCUGGGCAAGCUGCCAGCGCUCCUCCGGCCAGCAUUCAUGCUUUUCCUGGGCGACUUUGUUUAUAUAGACGUGCCUUUGCGGUUUGGUUCAUCACUUUCCCACUACCGCAGUGAAUAUCGACGGAUCUACUCGUCGCCCUCGUGGACCGCCGGGCCAACCGAUGACCAGGCCAUCGAUCUCCCCUGGAUCCACACCCUGGACGACCAUGAAAUUGCCAACGACUGGUCACAGGGCAACCAAACCGCACCGUAUCCUGCCGCCGCCGAUCCCUUCAUCCACUACCACGUGCGAGCGAACCCACCCAUCCCCGAAACGCCGUUCGCGCCCCCGGACGAUGUGACAUACUUCUCGUUCGUCAACGGCCCAGCCUCGUUCUUCAUGCUUGACACGCGCACCUACCGCUCCGAGCCUGCGCAAGAUAACUCUACGAUCCUCGGCUCGGCCCAGCUGCAAUCGCUGCUGGCGUAUGUUGCGCGGCCCGAGCCGGCGGGCGUGCACUGGAAGAUCAUCGCAUCCAGCGUCCCCUUCACGAAGAACUGGCAAUUCGGUACAACCGACACCUGGGGCGGGUUCCUGAACGAGCGCCGCACCGUCUUCGAGGCCAUGUGGCGUGCCGAGCGAGAGCUGGGCGUCCGCAUCAUCCUGCUCAGCGGCGACCGCCACGAGUUCGGCGCCACCCGCUUCCCUGAUCCGAGUCUGCAGCUUUCCUCCAACGAACUGCAGCCCCAUACCUCUGGGUUUGGACUGCAUGAGUUCAGUGUUGGUCCCUUGAGCAUGUUCUACUUGCCCGUCCGCUCCUACCGCCAGACCGACGAUGAGGACGUCACUGUCAAGUACGCCCCGGACGGUAAUAGCAAGUUCGGGCUCAUUGAUAUCGCCGACGACGUCGAGGACCUUGACCCUGCUGCUCCGGCCCCAGUUCCCCUCCGCAGCUCGGUCCUCACCUACUCUCUGUAUGUCGACGGUGCCAUCGUCUGGAAGUACCGCCUCAGUGUGCCUUUGGAGCGGGAUGCCGCUGGUCAUGCGGCGUCUUCGACCGCUAUGAGGGUGUCGCUUCUUCCGCCGGGCCGUGUACUUGAGGAUCAGCUUGUCGCCGAGGGAUGGGAUGUCCUGCUCAAAACUGCGAUAGGGAGGGCAGAAGAGAUUGGGAAUUGUGUUGCUAAGAAGGCUACGGCUCUAUAUUUCCAGGUGCUGGAUAGAGUGCAGAGGGAGGAGAGACUUGACUAG